AUGAGCUCCAUGAUAAACAUCAUCAAACAAAACAGCUCUUUUGUGCGUCCUCAAUAUUUCUUCAUCAAUGGCUUCCAUGAUAUUCCUCAUGCCAAAUUGUACUAUAUGUUCUUGUGCUUUGUCUAUGUAGUUGCUGUUUGUGGGAACUCCAUUGUAAUGUUCAUAAUAUUCACUCAACGCCAUCUUCACAUCCCAAAGUAUAUAGGCAUUUUAAACUUAGCAGUAGCUGACUUCGGUGAGAGCAGUGCACUAAUUCCUAACCUGAUUAAGACAUUUCUUUUUGAUUCACAAUACAUCACCUAUGAAGCAUGUCUGGCCAAUAUGUUUUUUGUGUUCUUCUUUAUUGCUUUACAGUCUAUGACCCUUGUUGUUCUGGCAUGUGAUAGGUUUGUUGCCAUAUGUUUGCCUCUGAGAUACCACACUCUGCUCACUAACACUAGCAUGUCUGUCAUGAUUACAGGGAUGUGGCUUGUCAAUGUGGUCAUUGUUGGUACAACCACGGUGCUGAUCACUAGACUGUCUUACUGUAAAACCAUAGUUAUUGACAGUUAUUUCUGUGAUCAUGGGCCUUUGUACAGAAUGGCCUGCAACGACAAUUCAGCCAAUUCCAUCAUGGCAAAAGUGAAUACAGUACUAGUCCUUCAUGUACCAUUCGUUUUCAUAGUCCUGUCUUAUGUGUGUAUUUUACUUGCCCUGUUUAGAAUUACUAGCUGGGAGGGCCGUGUGAAGGCUCUGAAGACUUGUAUAUCACACCUUCUCAUAGUGGCACUUUUCUUUCUUCCAUUUAUAUCCACCUACAUUGCUGCAGUGACCUUCUCUCUUCACCCCAAUGCCAGGAUUAUCUGUUUGUCUCUUGCUUCAGCUAUCCCUCCCAUGCUCAAUCCAGUCAUUUAUGUUUUGAAUACUGAGGAAAUCAGAGGGUUUUUGAAGAAAAAGGUCAAACAAAACACCUCUAGCAUAAUACCAGUAAAUUGA